AUGGAGGCAGCGGACCCCGAGCCCGGUAGGGGCUCGCCGCCCCCGCCGCCCCCACCGCCCCCCCUGCCUCCACCUUCCCCUGCACCCCCGGAGAAAAAGAAGAUCAAUCGUGCCCCGUCUCCUGCUAGACCGAAGGACGUUCCCGGCUGGUCGCUAGCCAAGAGCCGGCGGAGCAGCGGCAGCAACCCGGGCUCUCCUGCCUCUCUGUCCGGGAAGGCGGGGCCCGGCCAGCCCCGGCCGGAGAAGAAAGGCCGCAGCGGCCCGCAGACCGGGGCUCGGGGCUCGGGAAAGGGCGCGCCAGGCCGAGCCGGGGCCAAGGCAAAGGGGCGUCCCCGCGACGAGCCUCCGGGGCGGACCUCGCUGCCGCCGCUGCUGCCACAGCCACCGCCGCCGACGGCCCUGAGCCUCACGGACAGCAGCUCCGAGGUGUCGGACUGCACAUCCGAGGAGAACAAACUGCUGUCCUUGGAGCUAGCUCUGAGCAGCGAUACCGAGUCCGGCGGCGGCAGCGGCAGUGGCAGUGGCAGCGGGCGGGAGCGAUCGGCAGGCACCGGGGCCGGAGCUGGGUCCGGGGUCCGCGUCCAGGGGCACCCGGCGCCGCGCAGCCCUCAGCGGUCCCGGCUGGCCUCCCCGGGCGCCUCGCCUGUCCCGGAUGAGCAGUCCGCAGCCUCGUUGGGCAGCAGCCGCCUGCCGCUCAGUACGUCGCUGGCCUUCUCCGAUCUCACCGAGGAGCUGCUUGACUGCGGGCCCGACGGCUUCGUGAGGGAGCUGGAGGAGCUGCGCUCGGAGAACGACUACCUCAAGGUAGUGGGGGGCGCAGAAGGGGAGGUCCUAAGGCCUGACCCGGAAUGCUUAAUGCGGGGCUUAAGUUAA